AUGUACCUCUUCACACGUGAAGCCAGCUUUCCUGAGAAGGACCUGGUCGUGAGUCCCGAGUGUGGCUGUGCCUGGCGAUUUUGCAGAAGCAUGGACAUUCGCAACAACCUGACCCGGCUGAGCAUGCUUGAGAACUGCACUGUGAUUGAGGGCCACUUGCAGAUAUUGCUGAUGUUUAAAACCAAGCCUGAAGAUUUCCGCGAGCUCAGCUUUCCCAAACUGACUAUGAUUACAGACUACUUGCUGCUUUUUCGCGUGUAUGGCCUGGAAAGUUUAAAGGGCCUGUUCCCUAACCUCACUGUGAUUCGGGGAACUCAUCUGUUUUUUAACUACGCGCUGGUCAUUUUUGAGAUGGUUCACCUGAAGGAGAUCGGCCUCUACAACCUGAUGAACAUCACUCGGGGCGCGGUGCGGAUUGAGAAGAACAAUGAGUUAUGUUACUUGUCCACCAUCGACUGGUCGAGGAUUUUAGAUUCUGUGGAAGAUAAUUACAUCGUGGCCAACAAGGAUGACAAAGAGGAGUGUGGAGAUGUGUGUCCAGGAACUGUGAAAGGGAAGAGCAACUGUCCGCCUACCGUGAUAAAUGGCAUUUUCAUCGAACGCUGCUGGACGCACGAUCGCUGUCAGAGGGUUUGCCCGCCUGCCUGCAAGUCCCAAGGCUGCACCUCUGACGGGCAGUGCUGUCACAGCGAAUGUCUGGGGGACUGCACGGAGCCCAACAACCCUGAAAAAUGCGUGGCUUGCCGCAACUUCUACCUUGAAGGCAAAUGUGUGGACACCUGCCCGCCCGGUUACUAUCGCUUUGAGGGGUGGCGUUGCGUGACCUUCAGCUUCUGCCAGGAGCUGCACAACAAAUGCAAAAACGCCAGGGAGUCGGGGUGUCACGUUAUCCACAAUAACGAAUGUGUGCACGAAUGCCCGUCGGGGUACAUCAUGAAUUCCAGCAA